GCACGGAUUUCUUCACAAGAUUCCCCAACCAUCUCUGUACAUUACCAAAACUACAAAUAUGCGUCGAAGAGAAGGCAAUGUAGUUUCAGUCAGAGCAUCACCACUUUUACAUGCAGGUUACUGCGGCGAAAGCAGAGCAACAAUUUUGGGCUCUGUUGGUUUUGUGGUGUCGCAGCCAUGGGAGAGACCUUGGCCUUCCAUCCUGCCUUCGUCCGAGACAUCGAACACCGCCCGAAGCUUGAACCCAUUGAUACCGUCGACGAAGUUCCGACCAUAGACCUCUCCGUUUCCGAAUCUCGCAGUAUCGAACAGCUCGUUUCGGAGAUAGCCUCUGCCUGUGAGAAGUGGGGUUCAUUCCAGGUAAUCAACCAUGGAGUUCCCGUCGAGUUGAUCGUGAGACUUGCGAAAGCAGCAAAGUUGUUUUUCGAUCAAACAGUGGAGGAGAAGAGGAAGGUGAAGAGAGAUUCAGAGACUGGCCUGGGGUUCUACGAUGGUGAGAAUACGGAAAACGUCAGGGAUUGGAAGGAGGUGUUUGAUUUCUUGGUUCAGGAUCGGGCGUGGACUCCUGCCUCGCACGAGCCAGAUGAUACGAAAUUGAGGGUAUUGUCCAAUCAGUGGCCCCAAUAUCCGCCUUGGUUUAGGGAAACUUGCGAGGAGUAUGCAAGAGAGUUGGAAUUGUUAGCUCAUAACCUACUGGGGCUAAUUUGUUUGAGUCUAGGCUUACCUUGUGCUGAAGGAUUGAGGGGCUAUUUCCAAGACGAGAAAAUGAGCACGGUGAGGCUGAAUCACUAUCCUCCAUGUCCGUCUCCCGAUCUCGUGCUUGGCAUUGACCCUCACAAGGAUCCCGGUGCCUUGACAAUCCUUGCUCAGGAUGAUGUUGGAGGGCUGCAAGUGAAGAGAAAAUCGGAUGGAGAGUGGAUUCCUGUCAAACCAAUCCCAAAUGCAUAUAUUGUUAACAUUGGUGAGAUUAUUCAAGUUUGGAGCAAUGACAAAUAUGAAAGUGUGGAGCACAGGGCAGUGGUGAAUAGUGAGAAGGAAAGAUUUUCCUUUCCAUUCUGCUUCUUGCCAGCGCACCAUAUGAUGGUGAAGCCAUGGGAGGAGCUUGUAAAUGAGCAAAACCCUCCAAAAUACAGAGAAUACAACUGGGGGAAGUAUUUUUGCAUGAGAAAACGAAGUCAUUUCAAGGAGCAAGAAGUGGAAGACAUCCAAGUUCACCGUUUCAGGCUGCCCGUGUGAAACUGGUAAAGCUCUCAUCACACACAAGACUUCUUUGGGCUGAGACUCACCCAUCUUUUAUGUAAAUAUUGUAUGCAUGUUUAUGCAUUGUGUGUUGUUUGUUAUCCAUUUUCAAGAGUUGUAUGAUCUUAAACUCCCUUCAUUACGUUACUUUGAUACUUAUAAUUCUGGGGCUCGAGUAUGAACUAGGGUUCAAACCGGUAUCACAUCCGAAUGAGAGGAUCCUGAGAUACGAUUAAGGAAUUAUUCCUUCUUUUUCGGUGGCUCAAUUAUUUGGAUGACCUCCUAGGUAUAUUAUAUGUAUAUACAAUAAGAUAUUUGAACUAA